AUGAGGAGACCGGUGGAACCGCACGGCUCGCGGGAGGCGGCCAGCACAGCCGUGGCGGAGAGCGAGGGCCGAAUCUUGGACGGCGUGGCCAUCCGCUUCAGGCAGGACGAGGGGACCUUCGAAGUGCCCGUGGAUCUGAUGGAGGCGCAUCAGCUCAGACUGCGGGUGGAUGACUUGCUGUGCAUCCGCUGGCCUCUGCCCUGCCGGCGCCGCCUCCUUGAGGAAGCCUUCCAGACCCUCGCAAGCGACGGAGCCGUGGGCCGCGCCGGGCUUCGGAAGCUCGCGCUCUUCACAGGCCUGGAUGGCAGGGCGAAGAGCGAAAACGGAUGA